AUGAGCUUGUUGCAGCGCCGAGUGCGGCGAAACGCCCGCCAGACGAAGCUAACAGCUGUGGCAGGCCUUGUUUCGGAAAGAUACCACGGGCAGGUAGGUGUGCUGCAGAUCGAUAGAGGCCUUGCUGAAAUUUUCUGCGACGCUCGCGUUGCAGGCCUUUGCCUGGUUGGCUGCACCCUUGGCACGUCCAAGGCAGGCACGCUGCCUGUAGAGUGGCGUGCACCUCCCGCCGGGGCCCUGGUUCGAUGUGAUUUUGUGGUGCGGUCUAUUGGUAUUCACAUGAACACUUCAAGGCUGAAGAUCGUUUGUGAUCCGCAUUGGAGAUAUGUGGGUGUGACCUUUGGACUCAGGUGCUGGUCGAGCUUCCUCCGCCGCGAGUCGUCCGUGUUGGAAGCCACGCGCCGGCCCACCAAGCGCGGCACCGUCGGCACCCGAUGGGCGCCGAUGCCCUCGCCGCAGCAGGUCUGGGCCCACUCCUGCGUCACGCAGGCAAAGCUGCGGGCAGCACUGGAGGAUCCUCACAUCACCGCAAUCGAAGUCGACGUCGCCAUGGGAUACUUGAAAGGACCGGAGGGCAGCGGAAACGUACUGGUCCCCGUGAUGGCGCACCCGCCUGUCCUGACUUCCGACCUCACCUUCGAAGCAUUUCUUGACGCGGUCGUGAACGACGGCCGGCGUCAUGUCAAGUUUGACUUCAAGGACCAGGAAUCCGUGGAGCGCUGUUUGCCAAAGCUGGCCGAGCGCAGCGAGCAGCUGGCGGCCAAUGGCCAGGCUGUGUGGUUGAACGCAGAUGUGCUGCCCGGCCCAGGGCUCCGAGGCUGGCGCUGCACGGUGCCCGCGGAGGCCUUCUUCGAUGCCGCGAACCGCUACUGCCCAGGGGCGCACCUGAGCCUCGGCUGGAAGGCGAACCCGGUCGGCCUGGAGAGCUACACCGAGGCUGACUGCAAAGCCAUGGCGGAGCUAUGCAGGCAGCACAACCAGGGAGCCAAGGGCGGCGUCGUCUUCGCUGUGGCGGCGCGCACCGCCUCGAGGAAUCUCGAGCCGCUGGUGGCUCUGCUCGCGCAGGCAGGGCCGACAUUUUUUUGGGGACUCUUAUCAUAUAAUCUAUUACAGUACCAUAUGAUAUACGAUAUUAUAUGUUAA